AUGAAGGAUGAAAAGAUCUCACCUGAUACUCAAACCUUUAGCAUAUUAGUUGAUGCAUUUUGCAAGGAAGGUAAGGUGAAAGAAGCGGAGGCUGUUAUAGACAUCAUGGUUGAGAGAGGUGAGGUACAAACAAGCAAACGUGGGAAGCUUGAUAUAGCGAAGGCUCUUUUCCAUGACCUAGCUUUAAAAGGUGUGCAACCUAGUGCGCGAACAUUUAACAUAAUGAUUAGUGGCCUCUGUGGAGAAGGUCAGCUAAAGGAAGCAGAGGACAUGUUUCUUAAAAUGGAUGAGAGUGGCUUCCCACCAGAUACUGUUACUUGCAAUGUUUUUCUCCAAGGAUAUAUUAAAAACCAGCAUUAUGAUGAUGUAGGGAUGCUUUUACAUGAAAUGGAUGGAAGAGGUUACUCACUUGAUGCUUCUACUUUAUCGUUGUUAAUACAUCAAAUUGCAGCUGGUUCAUUAGACAGAACUUCCAAAUUGUCUGUUUGGUACUUUUACAGCUUGUCAGUCGAGAAAUACCCCGAUAACCCAAUGCUUGGUACCCGUGAAUUCGUGAAUGGAAAGCAUGGAGCAUACAAAUGGUUGACUUACAAACAAGUAUAUGACAAGGUGAUACACGUUGGAAAUGCUAUCCGUUCAUGUGGCGUCGAGCCUGAGGGACGGUGUGGGAUUUAUGGUGCCAAUUGUGCAGAAUGGGUUAUAAGCAUGGAGGCAUGUUAUGCUCAUGGGUUGUAUUGUGUACCUUUAUAUGAUACCUUAGCUUUUGCAGACGAGAAAAAGAUCUGCGAGUUGUAA